CGUGACUGUUUUAUGAGGCGGUAAUGAAAAUGGAGUGAUUUCUUUAUCAGAGUGGAUGUAUACAUUGUGACAACACGUUUUUUUCUUCUUCUGUUUUGUUAAUUGUAUACUCAGAUUGAUUUUAAAUGGAGAACAGAAAUAGUAGCGGAGGUUGGCUUGGCAGCGACGACAGGGGAAGCAAUGGACACGCGAUGCAUAUGACGUCAAACGGGCACCAGGCAGGGAAUUAUGACGACAUCUCAAACGGGAUUGUGAACCCAAACUUUAUCAGUGAAACAGAAACUACGCUCGGCAAAGAUACCCAAAUUAACGCAGACAAAAUUUCGGUCAAAUCUGUCAAAUGUUCAGGCAAAGACGAUGACAGUUCUAAAAUUGACAGUGACGAUGAUAAUGAUUUCAAAAGUCUAGUCCCUUUUUGUUUGGUAUUCGGAAUUGGAUCACUGUUUUCUCAAAGUAUAACAGUGUAUUUAUCGUCCCAAAUCACGGUACUAGAACGGGCAUUCAGUCUCAGCAGCACUCAAAGUGGAAUUUUGUUAAGUGCCAACGAUCUUGGAUUUGUUGUGACUGUGUUGCUGGUCAGUCACUUUUUAAAGAAUUUCCACAUUCCACGAGUGCUGUCGGGGUGUAUGCUAAUGUUUGGGGUGUCCGGACUACUAACAAGCCUGCCACACUUCUUUGCCGACUAUAGCCACGCCGCGUCAGGCGACAAGAACAUCAAUGGGUCCCGGGUCAACAAAGCACUCUGCCUGGCUAAUGAUAGCUACAAUCAGGAGUGUUCCUUACAGACAGGCGCGCGCUCAGCCCCAACCCCUGGUCAAAAGAACGAUUGGUUUGUCAUCUUCAUCGGGCUGAUGAUGCUUCUACAGGGCGUUGCCAAGGCACCGAGGUCCUCACUGACCACACUCUACAUUGACAACAACUCCAGUAAACGGCGGACCGGAUUCUACAUAGGUCUUUUAUCGUCCUUUACCAUCUUCGGGCCAUUUGUCGCCAUCAUAGUUGGCGGACUCUUCAAUAAAAUACCCGUGGACCUACAAGAUAACGGGUUGUCGCCGGAGGAUCCCCGCUGGAUUGGAGCGUGGUGGUUGGGUUUUCUCGUGUUUGGGGGCGGCGCGUGUCUAGUGGCCGGCCCAGUCUUCUGCUUGCCGGCGUCCUUGAGGCGACGCCCUCCCGCGCCGCCGACUGAGUACGCCAACACCGCCGCCAUGCAACGACCUGUUAAACAAGACUUAGUCAAGGAUCUUCCAAAGUCCGUGUGGCGCGUUUUGAGAACGGCACUGUACUUGUGCACGGUUACGUCACUACUGACGUACCUGUUUGGUGCGAUGGCGUUCGGAUCGUUCGGCCCCAAGUACAUCGAGCACCAGUUUCACCUGCCCACGUGGAAAGCGAACAUCGUAAUGGGUAUCGACAAGCUGGUCACAAUGGUAGUGGGGACCUUUGGGGGCGGCAUAAUCACGCGGCGGCUCGGGCUUGGACUUACCGGAUGCGCACGCAUGGUACUGGUCUGUCGCAUAAUUGUUUUCCUGUUGGGCUGCUUCAACUUCCUGUUUGGUUGUCCGAACCCGGAACACAUUGUGGGACUGUCGUUACAGAACGGGGUAGCGGUUGUGGAUGAUUUCAGCGCUGGAAAUAGUUCCAUGCCGACGUUGUGCGACUGCUCGGGGGCUUCGUAUGUGCCGGUAUGCGCGGACGGCCAAACGUUUUUCUCCCCGUGUCACGCGGGAUGUAUUGCCAAAGAGCCCUCGCAGAUGUACGCUAACUGUAGCGGUACGGUAAGCGGCCAGGCGGACCCUGGUAUCUGCGCAACCGGAUGUUCCAUGUUGAUCCCCUAUGUGGCCGUCAGUGGAAUCGCCUCCCUCAUAGGAACGUCAGCUAUAGCCCCAAUCUUCAUUAUCGUACUCAGGUCAGUGGAGCAGAACGACCGGGCGAUGGCUGUGGGUCUCAUGUCCUUCCUUAUGUCUCUAGUCGUGUUCCUACCGGCGCCAAUGGUUUAUGGGAAGAUAUUUGACUCGUUCUGUUCUGUAUGGACGAGUAAAUGCGGAGCUAAGGGAGCUUGUUCCCUCUACGAUACAGACAGGAUGCGUUACCAGUUGGUGGGAACGAGCGUCGGACUGGCGGGCCUCAGUCUCGUGCUCACCGCUAUCGCCGUAUGGCUCGCGGACAGACGGACAGCGGACGAUGGGCGACGGGCGUCGCGGACCCUGGAGGUCAAGCCACCCGUUCCUCAGCCACGUCCGUCACUCACCAGCAUCAUGGGAUAGACACUUGGACGCUUGGAAAUGCAGUCUGAAAACUAGACUUAAUUUUACUGUCCCCGAGGUUAUUAUUGAGACCCCUUGAUAUCAAGUUACAUAAUUAUAUUCUAUGUUCUAGUCAAUGACAUAUGAUUGUAAAUAUUUGUAUAUAAUAAUUAUGUGCAUUUGUAGAUAAUGCAUAGACAAUGUAUAUACUGUCAGUGUUAUGCGGAUGUCUGAACAAUACAUGCAUGUGAGGAUAAUGAAUAUUAAAACUGUUUCAGAUUUUGCAGGGUAAACGUGGACACGACUUGAUCAGUCAUAAUCCUAUGUUAAAAAUGCUCAGCAUGCAACUUAAACUGGAUCAGUGUUUUUAAUAUUUAUGUUUUUCGUUUAAUAUCUGUUAUGCAUACGUCUACCAUUCGUUGUCAAGUAUAAAUGUGAAAAGGAAAUAAAUUUGAUAAACACA